AUGGAACCGACCUAUUAUACUAACCAGAACCUUAAUGAAACCACUUUAAGAAUACCCAAGAAAAGGUUGAUAGGAAGGUCUAAGGUGGCGUUUUUGUUCUUUUUGACGAGGUUAAUUCUAAUAAGUAGUUUGCUGCAGUUUUCCGAGUCCGUUAAAACUGAUUUAAGCCAGGGGAGUUUUAGUAUUUCCAAAAGGGGAAGGAAAACACCCCGACCCGAAAUACCCUGUAACAUAUUCGAAAAACUUAAUACUAUUCAUAAAUUAAACGCAGUUGAUAAGUUCAGCAUGAUUAGUAUGAAAAGUUUAAAACAAUUGUCUAACCUUAGGAAUUUAAUAAGGUUUAAAUAUAAUAAAGGAAGUAGAAAUUAUAAAAAUCGCAAUUUUUACAAGUGUCUGUUUGUUAAAAAUUUGAAUGAACCACAAAUAGAUGGCGGAAAUAUAAUUUAUGGAAGUCAAUUUUACGCAUAUUCACCAUCGAGUUACGAAAAUGUGCCUUCAUAUAAUGGCUCAUACGGUCUGGAUGAGUCGAACACGUUUGUGUCUAACCAUUACAGAAACAUGGGAGAAGAUAUAGUUGAGUACCUGAACAGGAAGAAAAUCGAAUACAACGAAUCGCCAGUAAAGUACACACUGAAGUUCUGCCCAUUCUGCCCACCUCAUAGAUUCAAAUCAGAUAACCUAUAUAAACACGAAAUUUUUAAAAAUUCAGGAAACUCAUACUGUCAUCGCUGUGGAUACAAGGGAAGUCUGUUUGAUUUCAAGGCACACAUGGGAGAUUUGCCAGGAGCAUUUGACAUAGCAUCUGACCCUAUUACUAACCCUUUCGGAGCAAAGAAAGUCCAAAAGGACCCUGAUGUGACGAUCACGGAUGUGAACAAGUUUGAAGAUAAUUUGUACAAUAACCCAGAAUACGCCUGUGUGUUAGAAUAUCUGACAAAGACCAGAGGACUAAAGACACAUGUGCUAAAGAAAUACCACGUAGGAGCCGGCACUUUCAAGUUCAAGUCCGUAACGGGAAAGCUAGAGCCAGAGAAGUGCGUAGUAUUUCCUUGGCUAUCGACACCACAUAAACCGUACGCUGAUAUGGGUGAUGAUGUUGAGAUACGAGAUGAAUCAGAGGGGUUUGACUAUAAUAGAGAGUAUACAACCGAUAAGCUAAACGUAAAUAGAAUAAAGAUAAGGAGUAUAUACGACAAGUCGAAGAUAAAGAUAUUACCAAGAGGAGGCACAUGGGGGAUGUUUGGAGGCCACUUGAUCCAGGAGGCCCUGGAAAAGGACUCAAUAGUGUUAUCUGAAGGUGAACUUGACGCGAUGAGUAUAUUCCAGGAGACGGGAAGAAUCACAAUCUCACUUCCAAAUGGAGCAAACUCACUCCCGCUGGCAUUAUUACCAAAGCUCGAAAAGUUUAACGAAAUUUAUCUAUGGAUGGAUUUCGAUGCCCCAGGACAGUCUAGCAUCUCACAUUUCGCAAAUAAGUUAGGAAUACAAAGAGUCAAAAUAGUACAUCCACUGAAUACGCCAAGUACAACUGGUACAACUACUACAGGCACUACCACAACAGGUGCUGGAACCACAACCAAAGGAACUAAAUCUACAACUACGGCAACACCAACGAGUAAAAGUAAGAUGAUGAAAGAUGCCAACGAAGUGCUAUUGAGUGGAGGAGUGGACAUGAAUAAUUACUUCAAAAAUGCAACGGUGAUGACACACUCGCAAAUUCUGACCUUUAAUGACAUAAAACAGCUGGUCUAUAACGAGCUGAGUGAUCCUGUAACAACAUGCGGUAUCAAGAGCAUAACGAUGCCAGGGUUGUCAAACCUGCUCAAAGGACAUAGAAGAGGAGAAUUGACUGUUUGGACAGGAUCAACAGGAUCAGGAAAAACAACACUACUAUCCCAACUAUCAUUGGAUUAUUGUUUACAGGGAGUUUCAACACUCUGGGGAUCAUUUGAAAUAAAUAAUGUUAGAUUGGCUAAAACAAUGCUGAGACAGUUUUCAGGGAGAAAUUUGGAGAAUAGCUUGAAUGAGUUUGAUUAUUACGCUAAUAAGUUUAACGAGCUGCCACUAAGGUUUCUGAAGUUUCACGGGAGUACAAAUAUAGAUAUCGUGCUGGACGCAAUGGAUUACGCAGUCUACGUGUACGACGUGCAGCAUAUAAUAAUUGAUAACCUGCAGUUCAUGUUGUCGAAUUACUCAGGACCCUCACAAAACUCAUCAUACGGGGGAUACAGUAGCACCAAGGAUGUAUACGAGUUACAGAACAGAACAAUAGAGAAGUUUAGAAGGUUUGUAACCAACAAGAAUAUUCACCUGUCACUGGUAGUACACCCGAGGAAAGAGGCAGAUGGGAUUCAGUUGGGACUUUCGAGCGUUUUCGGCUCAGUAAAGAGUACACAGGAGGCAGACAAUGUUAUAAUUCUGCAAAAUAUACUAAAUGAGUCCAGAUGUAUCGAUGUUAAGAAGAACAGAUUCGCAGGUUUAUUGGGAAGAGUGUACUUUAAGUUCGACCCGGUAUCUUUAACGGCACAGGAGUUUAAGGUGACCGAGUAUUUAAAUGAGUAUACCACGAAUAAUUUCACAAAGGCAAAGGUUAAAAAGGAUCAAACUGAGUCUCCAACAGUCCCUUCAGGAGCCUUUCCAAUAAACGGAGGAUCUGAAGUAAAAUCAAAGGUUUCAUUAAGUAAUUUUAAGAUUAAUUUACCCCAAGUUAACUCAACAAAUUUAUCAACUGAGCCAAUGAACAUUCCGAUUACAACUAGUACUAUGAUGACUGAAGAUUACCAGUCCCGAGCAGUCCCUGCAUCUACAACCACAAACUAUAGGGAAAGGGAACGAAAUAAUCUAGGAUUAACAGGAAUUGAUUUACUAAACCUAAAACCAGUCUCACAGUAUGUCAAUAAGAUUAUACAACAAAAUUAUUCAACAACCUCAAAUGGUAACCAGGAAAGUGGAGAUAGUUCAACUAAACAAGAUAGCACAGAAUCAAGCGGUGUUGAUUUAACUAAAUCAAAUAUGACUGGAACAGGAGAUAAUAGUAAUAGUAGUGGGAAAGGAAGAAAAAAGAGUAGUAAAAGCGAUCCGGUUGAAGAAGAAUAUUUGAGCAUGAGAGGUUUGAAGAUAAGCAAGAGCAGUACCAUAAAGGAGAUGAGAGACUUUGUGAAGAAGAAUGGCUUGGGAGAGUUGGUUAAGACAGCAGGGAAAGGAAUUAAGAAGGAAGCAAUAUAUGAAAAUAUCAGGUCAACCAUACCACAAUCAGCAGUAGUAAAUACUAAACAAACAGAAAAACUAGAUGCAUCUGGUGAAUCAGAAACUGUAGAAACUAUUAAAGUUGAGGAUGAGGGUAGCCCAAAGUCAGAAGUUCACUCGUUUGGAGUUAGUACGAGUAAGUCACUUCUGAAGUUGGAACGUAUCAAUGUAGUUCCUAACAACGAUAUUGAUGAAUUCAAGCUUAAAUAUCUGAGUAAGUUACCCAAGUCACUCUACAAAGGUGAAUCACAACCUCCAAGUCAACCAGAAAAGGUUGCAAGUAAUGAUCAACCACCAAUCCCAGUUGACGUGUAUUAUAGCGUAAAUUAUGACCCGUUGUUGAUUGACGGGAUAAUAUAUGUAGAUAGUUAUGAGAAGCUGGAGUCAUUAAAACCUCUUUUUAAGGACCCGAAAGCAGUGGGGGUUGACAUUGAAACUACAGGCCUGGAUCAUAACACAAACCAAAUUAGAUUAGUUCAGUUAUCAGUACCGAACCAACCUUCCGUAAUCAUAGACCUCUUUAAACUCAAUACUAAUAAUCCAGAAUCAGAUAAUGUGGUACCUGGUAGAAACGAGUUGAUAAAAUGUGAAUGGCUGAAGAACUUGUUCAAGAGUAAAGAUACAGUAAAGGUGUUCCAUAACGGUAAGUUUGACAUCAAUUUCCUAAGAGUGUAUGGUUUCGAGUUCGAAGGACCAAUAUUUGACACAAUGGUGGCAAGUAAACUUUUAGUUGCAAGCAGAUAUAUAAGCUGUAAGCUUACGCAUGUCUCUGAACGCUACCUCAACAUUGUGCUUGACAAGACACAGCAAUACUCAGACUGGUCAACACUACAACUCUUUGAGGAGCAGCUUUUAUAUUCUGCUAGAGAUUCUUUUGUACUGCUCCCGCUAUACGUUAUCCUGGAACAUUUGCUUAAAAUCAAUAACCUCGCAGACAUAGCGAGUGUGGAAAACAAGUGUAUCCUGGCAACUUCCGAUAUGGAGCUUAACGGAAUCAAAGUCGAUGAAGAUAAACUAAGAAUUCUACAAGAUGAACUCAAACAGGAGCAUCAAGAAAUUUCAAAUGAUCUAUACUCACAACUUAACCAUAGUGAAAUAAACUUGAAUUCACAAAAGCAAGUGUUGGAAAAGUUACAGGAGCUGAAGAUAAUGGACAGGUCAAAGAAAAAGAUCAUAAGCGAUACCAGUGAAUCGACACUAAUAAGGAACAUGUCAAACCCGAUCAUAUCAUCAUUGAGAGAAUACAGAAAAGCCAAUAAAGCCCUAACAGCUUUUACGCAGAAAUUGCCAAACCACAUUAAUCCAAUCACGAAGAGAAUCUACCCGAACUAUAACCAGCUGGGAGCAGAAAGUGGAAGGUUCAGUUGUGAUGGGCCUAACUUACAACAAGUUCCAAGAGAUAAGAAGUUUAGAGAGUGUUUCGUGGCUCCAAAGGGCUCCAAGUUUGUUAUUGCAGACUUCUCACAAAUUGAGCUGAGAAUUGCGGCUGAAAUAGCAAAUGAUCCAAAAAUGAUCCAAGCAUAUCAACAAAACGUUGACCUACAUUCUCUUACUGCCAGCAUACUAAAGAAUAAAAGUAUAAAUGAAGUUAAUAAGGAAGAAAGGCAGUUGGCAAAAGCAGUGAAUUUCGGUCUAAUAUUUGGCAUGUCUAUAAAUGGCUUGAGAAUGUACGCAGAAACGGGAUAUAACUUAAAGCUUACUCAAACUGAAGCGAAAGAGAUAUAUACGUCUUUUUUCAAUAAUUUUAAAGGGAUCUUAAAUUGGCAUAAUUCUGUAAAGAAUAGUAGACCGACAAUGGUUAGAACCUUGGGGAAUAGGUUAUCAGUGUUUGAAUCCUUUUCAUUUACACGUUCCCUAAACUACCCAGUCCAGGGUACAUCGGCAGAUAUUACUAAGGAGACGAUGGCUAGGCUGGUGGAUUCCGUUAAGCCACUGAAUGCUAAGAUAAUCAUAUGCGUGCACGACGAAAUAAUACUCGAAGUCCCUGAAGAUAACGCCGAAAAGGCACUAAAGAUGCUAAUUGACACCAUGGUCAAAUCUGGUGAAAAGUACCUCAAAAAGGUUCCCGUAGAGGCCAUGGGUUCGAUAGGAGACUCAUGGGCAGAUAAAUCUUAA